AUGAAUCCUCUGAUACGACGAUGGAUCUCCCUCAUCGCGCUUUCGACCGGCAUAGUAUUCUUCCUAUAUAGUUUCGCUGACAAUAACGACUUCUUGGGCCCGUCGAAUCUCGACGAAACAUCUACCAACCCAACCGCGACCCACGUUUCUUGGAAAGACAUCCCCGAGAAAUACCCUCUGUCUUCCUACGUUUCCCUUCCUACUGGUGCACCCAUUGAGAUACCCAAGAUUCAAUUCGAUUUUCAAGAGGAGACUACAGAAUCAAAGAAAAAGCGUCUCGCUCGACAGAAAGACGUGAAAGACACUUUCAUGAAAGCCUGGAGAGGUUAUAAGAAGCAUGCAUGGCUACAGGAUGAAGUGGCUCCAGUCACAGGAUCGUACAACAACAAGUAUGGCGGCUGGGCCGCAACAUUGGUUGACAACCUGGAUACGCUACUGAUUAUGGGCAUGGAGAAGGAGUUUGUGCACGGUGUUGUUGCACUGAAGAAUAUUGAUUAUACAACGUCGAAGCAAAAUACUAUCAAUGUAUUCGAGACGACGAUACGACACUUGGGCGGCUUGCUGAGUGCUCACGAUCUGUCCAAUGGGAAGCAUCCGAUAUUGCUUAAAAAGGCUGUUGAAUUGGGCGAAAUGCUCUACGCGGCUUUCGAUACACCGAAUAGGCUUCCAAUGUCCAGAUUUCAUUGGCAGACUUCAGCCUUCAAUCCUGAGGCAAUUCACGAGGCGAGUAUGAACGUCGUCACUGCAGAGUUGGGAUCACUCAGUCUCGAAUUCACACGUCUGUCCCAGCUUACAGGCGACCUACGUUAUUAUGAUGCAAUUCAACGGAUUACGGACGUAUUAGAGAAGAACCAGAACAGUACGAAGCUCCCCGGUAUGUGGCCGCUAAGCGUCAAUAGCCAGAGAGAAAUAUUUACUGUAGAUCGAACAUUCACCCUCGGUGCAAUGGCCGACUCGCUGUAUGAGUACUUCCCUAAACAGCACAUGCUACUGAGUGGUCUUACACCUCAAUAUCAGUCGAUGUAUGAAACUGCCAUUGAAGUUGCCAAAGCUCAGCUGUUCUUCCGCCCUAUGACACCAUCUAAUGCCGAUAUCCUUAUAUCUGGUAGCACACACGCCAACGCCGUCAAUUCGGUUGAUCUUACACCAGAGGGCCAGCAUCUGACAUGCUUCGUCGGUGGCAUGGUCGGUAUUGCCGCAAAACUAUUCUCACGCCCGGAGGAUAUACGCAUCGCGCGUCAACUAACAGAUGGCUGCGUAUGGGCUUACAAGAGCAUGCCGACGGGCAUCAUGCCCGAGAUCUUUCACGCCGUACCAUGCAGCAAAGCCGACGAGGCAUGCGAAUGGGACCAGGACGCUUGGUAUAAGGAGAUCCUUAGCCUGGCGCCUUCAUCCGAGCGACCCAGCAAGGACUUCCGAGUCAAUGCGCAAAAAGUCAUAUCGGAGAAGAAACUGCCACCAGGCUUCUCGUCCGUCAAGGAUGCGCGAUAUAUGCUUCGUCCGGAGGCUAUUGAGAGCGUCUUCAUCUUAUAUCGCAUCACGGGUGACCAGAAAUAUGCCGAUGAGGCGUGGGAGAUGUUCAGCGCGGUCAAGGAGCACACUGCCACAGAUAUUGGGGCAGCAGGCAUCCAGGACGUCAGAGACGAGAACUCGCAGCAAUUGAAUGAAUGUGAGAGCUUCUGGAUGGCAGAGACAUUGAAGUAUUUCUAUCUGAUUUUUAGCGAGCCAAAUUUGGUGAGCUUGGACGAUUGGGUGUUAAACACAGAAGCUCAUCCGUUGAAGAGGCCUGCAAGAGCAUAG